ACUCUUACAUUGAAGUUAUAUAGUUGUUGUUAUAAUAUAAACUCAUUUAUUGUUCUAUCAUCAUCAUCAUCAAAGUUUAUAGCAAAUUUUCAAUAUUCAUACAAGUGAACAAAAUGGGUCUUAUAGGAAAAAGUUUUGCUUCAAAAUUGAAAAACAUAACAUUACUUGGAAUUUCUAGGAUUGCAAUUUUGAAGAAUCAUCGCAAAGCUAAAGCUUCUUAUGCUCACUAUGAUAUUUCUCAACUCUUGAAACUUGGUUACUAUGAUCAAGCUCUUCUUCGUGUAGAACAUUGGAUUGUAGAGCAAAACAUGUUGGAUGCAUUUAUCAUGAUUGAAGAUUAUUGUAAUGUCCUAAGAGAAAAAGCUCAAGUACUUGAAAAUAAUAAGGAGUGUCCCAUUGAUCUCAUGGAAGCAACAUGCAGCCUUAUAUUUGCAUCAUCAAGGUGUGGCAAUUUUCCAGAAUUACACAAAAUCCAAGAGAUUAUGACUUCAAAAUUUGGGAAAGAAUUUGCAGAUCAUGCUAUUAAAUUGCAUAAAAACAAUGGAGUGAACUCUAAGAUGAUUCAAAAGCUUUCAUCAAGAUAUAUCACAAUGGAAACCAAAAUGAAUGCUAUGAAGAAAAUUGCUCUAGAGAUAGGAGUUACUUUGCCUUUAGGGAUGGACACUACGUUGUCAAAUAAGGAAAUAUUGAAUGCUGACCAGACGAAAAAUAAACUAGAAACCAAAAUUUGUAGUAGUGUUGAAUCUAUUGAUGAUGUUAAACAUGAAGACUCUCAACAACAUGAUUCUAAUCAAAAUGUAAAUCAAGAUGAGAAUCUAUUUGAUGUGAAUGAGGAAGAUAUUCAACAUGAUCCUAAUCAAAAUGUAAUUCAAGAUAAGAAUCUAUUUGAUGUGAAUGAGGAAAAGAGAAGGAACAAAAAUGCUGCAGAAGCUGUUCUACAAGCUUUGGAAUUAGCAACUUUGGAGAUAAGUAAAUACUUAAAUCAUAAACAAGAGGGUGUAGUAAUUUCAAAAAGAAACUAUAGUAUUGAUCUUAAAGAGGAAUCUCAAUUAAGUCAAAAUCCAAGAGAUGAAAUGAUAACACAAGAGAGUGCAACAAUAUUAGUUUUAAAGGGAAAUGCAAGUAGAGAAAGUGACAUGGUUGGUGAAUUAAGCUCAUACAAGAAUUUGGAUGGUUAUAAUGAUCAUAAAAGUGAGUUUGAUGAAGCUAGAGAAAAUGAAGAUUUGAGUGAAGAAAAAACAUACCCUUCUUCACAAGCUAUUAGAUGGAAUCCACAUAGGUCUCAAAGUAAUGUUGAUGUGAAUCUCAUGGUAAGAAGACAUGUAAAGAAAAUGCAUACACAUCAUGAACAUUUGGAUUGGAAGAUGAUGUCGGUGAGAACCAGAUGAGCACACAAACAAAACCAAUAUUUUUAAAACUAGACCCUCGAUUGGAUAUUAGUUUAGUUGAACCAGAAUGAACCGCAUU